AUGGCGGAAAACGUAAUUCCUCAAUGUGUUAAUGAUAUUUUUAUAUUGCUGAUCGACCAUGACGCUACAUCAGUCGCAUCUCUCACAUCAAUGCUGGAACAAUUUUCAAAACGAGUGAUGAGUGUGGAUGCAGCAAGUAAGGCUCUAUCGAUGAUUGAAAAGCAAAAGAAGGACAUCGGGAUUGUCAUAGCUAACAUAGAAAUGCCUCAAAUAGACUCACAUUCAUUUCUCACCGCUUUGCUUCAGAGAAAUAUCCCUCUCAUAUUGAUCAAUCCAGAGAUAAGGACGAAGAAACCAUCAGAUCUUCUGAAAAAUAGUGCAUGUUUUUCUCUAGAUAAGCCAAUUUCAGAAAUCGAUAUCAAAAACAUGUGGCAACGCGUGUUAUCGAGACAGAGUCAAGAGUUCAAGAAAAUCAACAUGGCUGAAAACCAAGAAAAUGCUAUCGACAAAGAUAUAGAUGAGAUUGAAAAUUUCAGGGCAAGCCUUAAGAGGCAAAGAACAAGUCAAGCUUCGUUGUUAGGUCAACGAAAUUUCAUCAAGCCAUACACAACUUCUGAAGCAUAUCAUAAGAGAAAAGGUAUGGCAAAUAUUGAAUGGAAAACAAAACCAUGUUAUCAAAAUGAGGUUGAGAAUAGGAGAAAAGAAUGGAUGAAAGUAGAUGAUAAUGUUGGAAGGCGUAUGAGUUUAUGGACUAAUGAGCGCCACAUGAAGUUUUUAGCUGCUAUCUCCAUUUUGGGUGAUAACGAUUUGCGUCCCAAAUCCAUAUUGGAAAUUAUGAAUGACCCAAACUUAACUCAACGCCAAAUCGCUAGCCACCUUCAGAAAUACAAAGCUCAAAUUGAGCGGAUAAGCGAUGUAUUACCUAGAAAUGAAUGGAAGUCGACAGAUAAGACAAUCGAAUACCCUUCGGAUUACGAUUAUCCUUUCAAAGCAUCCUACUUAACGAAAAAUGUCAUUGCAAGUAACUCCUUGUGGUGUUGUUUGAGAAAGAAAAACUUGUCAUCAUCAUCAUCCAUCAAUCAAUUCUCAUUGAAAAAUCCGAUUGAUGCCAGAAAGAAAAGUAUGCCAAAACUUCAUCGAGGCAAAAAAUUGGAUCUGAGCAACCAUUCACAUUCUGGUAACAUACUUAACAAGUCAUCCAUGAAUGUUGAUUAUGUUCCUUCAACCAUAAGUAGCAAUCUAGCUUACGACAAUUAUCCUAUUGAUAAUGCCAACCAUAUUGGUAUGGUUUCUACUGGCGUAGGUAGUGAAAUCCUUCCUAUGAUUUCUAAUUUACCAAACACAUGUGCAUCUCAGAUGGAGACCGCAAGGAUUUCCAUCCCGCACUAUGAUCCUAAUCCACUUCACCCACAUAACCUUGUCCUUGAAACUUCUGUAAACCAAAUAGAUUUAGACUUCACUUCUAUACCAGAUUCUUUUUUUCCUCAAGCAGAUUCAUGCAAUUUGGAAGAAAAUUAUUUUCUUCCAAAUAAUAUCAUGAGCCCUUUGGAAACCAAUAUAGAUCAGAUGAAUUUAGCUCCAUCUAUAGAAAACCAUAGUCAUCAUGGAAUUAAUAUAAUUCAAUCUGAGGUGGAUAAUCCAAUAGACAUAGGUUUUUCUGAAGUAAGUAUUCUUCCUCAAGAGGAAAGUACAAACCAUAUGGGUAUUGUUUCUUGUGAAACCAAUAUGUCCAAUUUUGAAACCAAUGCAAAUGAAGAUUUUGACAUUCCGAUUGAAGACUUGAUUUCUUUUGACACUGAUAUCGAGAAGGAUAUGGCUUCUUGGUUAGAAGAAAGUGGGUUUUCUGAGAGAAACAAUCAGAUGGAAUCAAGUGAGUAUCAUAAUGCAGAAGCGGGGAAACAAAAUGACAAUAUAGAAGGAGGGGGUGAUUUUGAAGAUUAUCGUGACUACAUAGAUUGGAUUGAUGAAGAAGUGAUGAAGAAAGAUGCAUGA